GGGAAUAAUCUUAAAGAUUUAGACAUAAAAGAGUAAAUAGUCACAUAAGAGCCACAGGUUGGGUAACACUGCUGUAGGAUCAUUCCUGCUUUAUUUUAGUGACUUUCUGAAACUCUGUCUUCCUGACACAGAGGUCGUCUGUGUCCUCUCUCUGAAGUCCUGAACAGAGCGUGUCGUUGUGCCGUGUGCCGUCGUGCCGCUGCGUGCUCCUGUUGUCAUGUCAUCGUGCCGUUGUGUUUGGGUGGGGAAUGUUGUGAGUGGGACUGGCUCUCCGCUGAAGUCCCAGUCCUGUACUCUACAGUAACAAACAGCAGCAUUGUGAGCUCAGUGAUCUCACUUCUCUCUGCCUCUCUCAGCCUCCAGUUUCCUCUAUGUGAGUCCGUCUGUGCGGAGUUGGCGUGACGGCGAUGGGAUGAGGGUUUCAGGUCGGGUUUUAGGUAGCUGGAUGUUGGUAGAGGUGUGACCGAUGCGGACUAAGGCUCGGGCUGGCUCGGAGGAUCUGCUGGACGGCUUUAAACCAGCGUCUGAUACCGAGCAGGAUGCGGCGGUGAAACUGGACCAGGAGCGAGCUGAGAUAGUCGCCAAAUAUGACAAGGGUAAAGAGGCCACCGUGGAGCCCUGGGAGGACACCAACUUCCACCUGUACAAAGUCAUCGACCGCUUCGGCUUCGUCCAUGAAAAUGAACUUCCAUCCUAUGACUCGGUGGAGGAAAAGCAAAAACACACGGAGGUGGAGCGGACAACCAAGUGGCUGAAGAUGCUAAAGAGCUGGGACAAAUACAAGAACAGCGAGAAGCUGGUCCGUAGGAUCUAUAAGGGAAUCCCUCUGCAGCUCCGAGGCGAGGUUUGGUGUCUGCUGCUCGACGUUCCCAAAAUCAAGGAGGAGAAGAAAGAUUUCUACGAGAAACUAAAAGCCCGAGCCCGAGGGCUCUCCCCCGACAUCCGUCAGAUCGACCUGGAUGUAAACCGGACCUACAGGGACCACAUCAUGUUUAUGCACCGCUACGAUGUCAAGCAGCAGGCUCUGUUCCACGUCCUCACGGCGUACUCCAUGUACAACACGGAGGUGGGUUACUGUCAGGGAAUGAGUCAGAUUACGGCUCUGCUCCUCAUCUACAUGAACGAAGAAGACGCCUUCUGGGCUCUGGUCAAACUGCUGUCGGGACAGAAGCACGCCAUGCACGGCUUCUUCGUCCCGGGUUUCCCAAAGCUGAUGCGUUUCCAGGAGCAUCACGACCGCAUCCUGAAGAAGAUGAUGCCCAAACUGAAGCAACACCUGGAUAACCAGGAGGUGUUCACCAGCCUGUACACCAUGAAGUGGUUCUUUCAGUGCUUCCUGGACCGAACCCCGUUCACCCUCACCCUGAGGAUCUGGGACAUCUACAUCCUGGAGGGUGAGCGAGUGCUGCCCGCCAUGUCCUACACCAUCCUCAAACUGCACAAGAAACACCUGAUGAAGCUGACCAUGGAGGAGCUGGUCGAGUUCCUGCAGGUCACUCUGUCCAAAAAUUUCUUCUUCGAGGACGACUUUGUGGUGGAGCAGCUGCAGACGUCCAUGUCGGAGCUCAGGAGGUCCAAGCUGGAGCUGCCCGCACCAGGUAAAGAGGAAGAGUUUCCCAAGAAGCCUCUAGGGCAGCUACCACCUGAGGUGACAGUAGAUGGGCCGAACCACGUGGGCAACGGUCAAAGCCAUGUUGAGCCAGUCGAGCCUCCACGGAACCCAAGCCCUGUGCCUGACCGUCAACGGGAUAGUCGUCCCCCGAGCAGGGCACGCCGGGACUCGCUUGAGAAACCGAUCCGCCACCACAAGGCCCGCUCCAGGGGAUCAGGUGAAAUCCCCAACGAGCAUCAAAAGCAGUCCAACUCCACAACACCUGAGAGGGGGACAACACCAACCCUGGCACCCACCCCGACACCUCAGCCCACUACUGUGGAAAGAAGGAAGCAGAGCCACGCCACCGCCAACCACAACUCCAACGCAGCCUCCAGUUCUCACAGGGAAAUCACGCCGCGCUGGUACAAACCCUCUGAGACAAAACUGGAAGCAGCAAAAGCAGCAGCAGCCCGGGAGAUCCAGCGUAGCCGAGGAGCAUCCCCCGCCCCGUCCAGCCCUGAAGACUCUGCCCUCUUCCACCGCCGACCACGCUCAAAGGGCUUUGUGCCUGGGUCCAACCGAGGUUCCAAUGCUUCACAGUAUGACAACGUGCCAGGGCUACCAGAGCAAGAGUUUGAGAUCCUGGAGCUUGAGAGACCUCCGUCCAGAAUGAGGACUCCUCGCAGUGAGACACCCUUCAGCGUAUCGUCCCUCCAUCCUGGAAGCCCCAACCGUGGACCCAGCCUUGCUGGUAGUGUUGUCUCUGUUGCAUCAGUUCCCAGGAUGCCUAAGCAUCCUGUUCCUCCAACAUUUCCCCACAACAGUCCUGCCAGGAUCCAGGCCGGCUACCCUGGCAACCAAAACCAGUACCACACUCCUCCUCAGCAGCACUCCCCAGGAAGACCAACCGAGGUCCCCAUUUUACAUCCCGCUUAUAGUAUAAGUCUAGACCAAAGAGGAGAGGACAGACUGUACCAUCCACCAACCCGGUUUACUCCACCUUCCAACGUGGUGUAUGGAGAACGAGCAUACGCCACCACCCAAAGACCAUCAAACAGCCUCUCCCCAGAGAAGGCUUUGAUGAACAACUCCUACACCACCUACCGCAGACAGCCGCCACCAAACUCCAGCCACAACCUGCAACCCGCCAGGCCUCAUCCAGAGCACUCCCUGCAGCUGGAAUCCCAGGGAAGCUCCACCCCAAUCUACCUACAACAGCUCACCUCCGCCACACAAGUCUACGCCCCAGUGGACUACAGGUUUGAAGGGCAUCGGAGAGUGGACGCAAACCAGCACUAUAAUCCAGAGGGUCGGCCUCGGCGGCCUGUAGACAAACUUACGUGGGCGCCAGAGAGUGAGCUGCCCCCUCCGUCCCCGGGUGGGAUGCCCCGAUCGCCCAGCUUCCAGCGAGCCCAAAUGUCUCCUGUUCAGGAAUUCACAUUUCCCGAAAACCCCAACAGUCUGCUUCAUUACAGGACACAGUUCCAGGAGCAGCAGCCUGUCAUAAGGCAACAGCUCCCCCAGCUGUUUGGAGGAUCACACUACAGGCACGCACAGGAGGCGUUUGCCAUGCAGGAGUCCAUGCUGCUGUGAUUGGAAGAAGUGAGACACUGUAAAAAACUGAGGAGUAGUCACUGACACUGUGCUAAAGAGGAGCAGUCGUCCCUGCGCUGUUAGGGACCUGGUUCUGUUCUGCUCUUUAUGUGUGAAGUACUGACCUUCUGACUGUCAAGCUGCACUGUAAUAUUGCAGCAAACACCAGCCUCUGAUGUUUUUACUGAUCACUUUAAAAGAAAAAUAGAAAUAUUGACUAUGGUCCCAUGGCAGCCAUGUUCCUGUGAUGUCACAAUGGUGGGAAGGCCAAAUGUUAUCAGGUUGUACUGUUGUAAAUCAAGUCCUUUAAAUGUAGAAAUUCCAGCUACUGUUUCUAUGUUAUUGCUUCAUUAGUGAAAUGUAAUGCCAAAGACAACUGAUACUGAAAAUCUGGAUAGCGAUCAAACCAAAGUUCAGGUUAAACUGGAAUACCGCCUGGCAGUUACAGUACUGUGCAGAACUUUAAGGCAUGUUAGGGCCAAAAAUCAAGGCUGAAGUAAGGCAUAGAUAUGGCAACUAAACUGCCUGAGGGCAUACACAACCCCAGAAUGUCCUUGCAUAUUACCAGGGGCAUAGGAAAAUACUCCCAUAAAAAAAGUCCACCCCUUUAGAGGGAGUAAAGGGUGGAUGUGGGGAGCAAGCAUGGCCUAGGGUACCGUCCGGCUGGAUAGAGGGGUGCACUACCAGGGCUGAAAAGGCCUGGACAAGAGAGAUGGCAUAGAGCUUGACCUUGGUUGCAAAGCAACACUAUGCAUUGACAUGCACUCCCCUCCAGCCCCAGGUUGUGGCCCAUCAAGCCCUCGAUGGAGCAUUAACACCCUACAUGCCUACAACUUCUGCACAUAGCUGUGUAUGCCUCUCGCAGGUAUACAACUGCCAAAAAGUGAAAGUAUAGAUGUAGGUCUAGAGGAGGGGCUGUGCUGGUUUUUGACCUUAUACCUCAAAGGUUAUACUCAAGUUCAAGCGAACAUUUGAGCAAAGUUUCAAGAAAACUCUUGAUAUACUACAUUCACAAGAAAGGGAUAAACAUGAUGCCAAAUGACCUCAGUCUUUGACCUAAAGCAUCCAAAAUAUAAUCAGUGCAUCCAGAGUGAACAUUAAUUCAGAGUUUUAGGGAAAUUUGUCAAAGCUUUUCUGAGAUAUACACAAGAAUGGCAGGAACGGAUAAAUGCAUGUAUGACCAUAGAGAUGUAUGUACGUACGGACGGAUGACCAUAAAAACAUGUUUAAUAACACUGGCUACCAUCAGAUUGCGUUCAAGCACGUCACAGUUCUUAAUCACUGGAUACAAUAGGUAAGACCUUUAUUAAAGAUAAUAAUGUUAAUUUUAGACAUAGUUAAGUCUGAGGUAAAACCCACUAGCUAGCUACCCCAAAAAUUCUUUAUUUCCAGAACAGGGUACAGGUCAGUGGUCUUAACCUGAACUUAGUGGCUAUAAGCCUCAUAGUUUUAUUAUUUGAAUCCUCUAUGGUAGUGAUCUUAAAAAUUUCUUUACCCAAGGCACACCUAAGGUUUAGCCAAAAUCUCAAGGCACACCAUGUUUUAAUCGAUACAAAAUAGACUUUUUAAAUAAUGUUACAGUCAAGGUGGCCUAUAAGGGGAUAAGAGGGAGAGCUCGCUGGGGCCCAGCCAACUGGGGGAUCAUGGAGAUGGGAAAAGUGGGCAAAGGGUCUCAAAAAUAGGUUAAAAGUGAUUAAAAAAAAAAAAAAAAAAAACUUGGCAAAAUUGGGCAAAAAGUGGGAAAACAAAGUCAGAAAUGGGCAAAAAUUGGUAACAAAUAAAAAAAAAAUAAAAA